UUGUCUGUCCAUGUGUCUAUUUGUCUGUCUGUGUGUUUGUAUGUAUGUUUGUUUGUCUGUCCAUGUGUCUAUUAGUCUGUCUGUGUGUUUGUCGGUAUGUAUGUAUGUAUGUUUGUCUGUCUGUGUGUCUAUUUGUCUGUCUGUGUGUUUGUUUGUUUGUAUGUAUGUAUGUUUGUCUGUUCAUGUGUCUAUUAGUCAGUCUGUGUGUUUGUCGGUAUGUAUGUUUGUCUGUCCGUGUGUCUAUUUGUCUGUGUUUGUCUGUUUGUAUGUAUGUAUGUUUGUCUGUCCAUGUGUCUAUUAGUCUGUCUGUGUGUUUUUCGGUAUGUAUGUAUGUUUGUCUGUCCAUGUGUCUAUUAGUCUGUCUGUGUGUUUGUCUGUCUGUAUGUUUGUCUGUCCAUGUGUCUAUUUGUCUGUCUGUGUGUUUGUCUGUUUGUAUGUUUGUUUGUCUGUCCAUGUGUCUAUUAGUCUGUCUGUGUGUUUGUCGGUAUGUAUGUAUGUAUGUUUGUCUGUCCAUGUGUCUAUUUGUCCGUUUGUGUGCUUGUCUGUCUGUCUAUCUGUUUUCUGUCCAUGUGUCUAUUUGUAUGUCUGUGUGUUUGUCUGUCUGUAUGUAUGUAUGUUUGUCCGUCAAUGUGUCUAUUUGUCUGUCUGUGUGUUUGUCUGUUUGUGUGUGUGUUUGUCUGUCCAUGUGGCUAUUUGUCUGUCUGUGUGUUUGUCUGUCUGUGUGUUUGUCUGUCUGUAUGUUUUCUGUCCAUGUGUCUAUUUUUCUGUCUGUUUGUCUGUCUGUCUGUAUGUAUGUUUGUCUGUCUGUAUGUCUAUGUCUGUUUGUCUGUAUGCAAGUAUGUUUGUCUGUCUGCGAUCUGUAUGUCUGUUUGUAUGUAUGUUUGUCUGUCCGUCUGUUGGUAUGUAUUGUAUGUAUGUAUGUAUGUAUGUAACAUGUAUAUUUGUCUGUCUGUGUGUCUGUAUGUUUGUCUGUCCGUGUGUGUCUGUAUGUAUGUAUGUUUGUCUGUGUGUUUGUCUGUCUGUUUGGUUUUCUAUCAUCUGCCUGUCUGUCUGUUUGUCUGUCUAUCAUUUUGUGUAUCCUUGCAUUUCUCCGUCUGUUUGCCUGUCUAUUUGUUUGUCCAUGCAUGUCACUUGUCAUCUGUACAUAUGUAUGCAUGUACGUCCAUCUGCUUAUCUUCGUCCAUUUUUUUGCCUGUCACUCAUACUGUUUGCCUGUCAUGUACACGUCCAUCAUUCAAUCAGUCAGUAGCCUACCUUCCUGUAUCCGUCCUACUAUGCAUCGUCACAUCCUGCUAAUUGUGUAUGUUUUUUGUCUGUCCAUCCAUCCAUUUGCCUCUCAU